ACGCCGAGGCAGCCCUGCACGUCACUUCCGCCUUCAAAACAUGGCAGCCCCCUGACAAAUGUCACACUACUGCUCGUGUGGAAAACAAAUAGUGAAGAACAUCUGUUCCCUGAACUGUUCAGAGCUCUAAGAAAGAAGCGACAGCCGCGGGAGGAUUUGACUUCAUGUCCUUCAACGUCCUCUGAGGAGAACCCAGUGAACACGAUGGUCCAUUUAUCAUCACUCCUCCUGAAGAAGUACCACGGGGGUUAUGUUGUCAUCCGACUGGCUCUUGCAGGCCACAAACAAGCCAACAGACCCUUUUACCGCAUCGUAGCUGCGUACAAUAAAAGGGCGAGAGAUGGCAAAUACAUUGAGCAGCUGGGUUCCUAUGACCCCCUCCCUAACAUCUACAACGAGAAACUUGUCAGCCUCAACUUCGACCGAAUCAAGUACUGGAUCGGCUGCGGUGCACACCCUACAAAUCCUGUGUCCAAACUUCUAGGGUUGGCGGGAUUCUUCCCUCUGCACCCCAUGACGAUCACGGAGGCAGAGCGUCUCAGAGCCCGAACAGAGCAGACUGUAACAGGAACAGAGGAGGGUCUGGAGGUGGGACAGCAGCAGGCUGAAGUGUGAGAACCAAAGCUGGGGACUGUGUGUGACUGCCGAGUCCAAAAGGAUGUCACAGUUCUUUUGGAAGAGAACAGAUGGAUUUGUUUCCUGACCUGUUGGCUGUACAGCUCAUUGCAACAUCACAUAUAGCACGUUGUAGUCCUGAUUGAUUCAGUGGUCUCCAUGUACAAACUUUUUCCAUUACAACUGAUGCUUCAUUGAAUUUAUUUGUACUUACUAUUUCAUGUGACCUAAUUAAAGUAUUUGUUAUCAUUGAACUA